AUUAUUCUAGGUGAACACUGCUUUAAUAUUGCUGAAAAUACUAAUUUUUAUGUUUUUUUUAUUUUAUUAUUUCUAUUCCAGCAUUUAUCAUUUCUUCACAAGUAUAUACAAAAUUUUGAAAGGCAUCUAGAACAAUUUCGUGAAUAUAAACAAGCAGUUCCAACCUUUGGUGCCAUCCUACUGAAUGAAGAACUAACCCAUGUUUUGCUGGUUCAGGGGUUUUGGUCCAAGAGUUCAUGGGGAUUCCCCAAAGGUAAAGUUAACGAAGGAGAGGAUCCAGCUCGCUGCGCAGUGCGUGAAGUUUUAGAAGAGACGGGAUUCGACAUAUCUCACCUGAUUUCCGCCAAAGAAUUUUUAGAAACGACCGUCAACGAUCAAUUAACUCGACUUUAUAUCGUACCCGGUGUGCCCCAUGAUACCAAAUUCAUACCCAGAACGAGGAAUGAGAUAAGAGCCGUACAGUGGUUUUCAGUCGCCGACCUUCCGAAUUGCAAAAAAGACGCCAUGACUAAAGUUCGACUAGGAAUCGGUUCGUCGUCCUUUUUCAUGGUCUUUCCAUUUGUCAGACUGAUACGAAACUGGGUAUCUUGUCGAAUGACUUACAAACAGCAACAGCCUGGAAAUGGCAACAGUCGAAAGGCAAAACAGAGGCGAAAAUCCCUAGAAGAGCAGUCCAUAACCGGUAUUCUUCAAAGGCACUCUAAACCGAAUUCAGAAGAUGAUACUAGCAAAGUUGCUUUGAGUCCAAAUACCGAGCAGCUUUAUCAGCGACUUUCUAAGUCAGCCGCACACUCCUCUUCAUCAACUUCUACCAAUACACUUCAAGGACUUAGCGUUAAAAAAACAAAGCAUCCAUCACGUCGCCAGUUAUUCACGGACAAAAUACAAAAGCCCGUUACUCCGCAGGGAGGUACAGCAACAACAAGCCCAGUCGUGAUCGGCGAUAGGUUCGAUCCAGCCAAACAGGUCUGCUACGUCGCUCCAUCUUGGCUUAACUUCAAGCUCAACGUAGAACCUAUUUUGGCAUGUUUUGACUAGGCUUAUGUUUGUGUCUCAGACGUACGACCUCGUCAGAUUUUGUCAUUCUCAUUAAUUUUUCUUGCUAUUCAAUAACGUUUAAUCAAGGAUAAAAUACGACACGCAAAAUUUUUGCGUACAAAUAUAUAUUUUCUUUUCUGUAAUAAAUCCAUGGAAAUUA